CACAUAGGGACAUUUAGGGACACAUACAGACACAUAGGGACACAUAGGGACAUGUAGGGACACAUAGGGACAUACAGAGACACAUAGGGACACAUAGGGACACAUAGGGAGACAUAGGGACACACAGAGACAUAUAGGGACACAUAGGGACACGUAGGGACAUGUAGGGACAGAUAGGGACACAUAGAGACACAUGGGGACACUUAGGGACAUACAGGGACACAUUGGGACAUAUAGAGACAUGUAGGGACACAUAGGGACAGAUAGAGACACAUAGGGACACGUAGGGACACAUAGGGACAUACAGAGACACAUAGGGACACAUAGGGACAGAUAGGGAGACAUAGGGACACUUAGGGACAUACAGGGACACAUUGGGACAUAUAGAGACACGUAGGGACACAUAGGGACAGAUAUGGAGACAUAGGGACAUACAGAGACAUAUAGGGACACGUAGGGACACAUAGGGACAUGUAGGGACACAUAGGGACAUACAGUGACACAUAGGGACAGAUAGGGACACAUAGAGACACAUGGGGACACUUAGGGACAUACAGGGACACAUUGGGACAUAUAGAGACACGUAGGGACACAUAGGGACAGGUAGGGACACAUAGGGACACAUAGAUCUGAAUGUGGAUGUUUGGUGGCCCUGCCAGGCAGGGGGGUUGGAACUCCAUGAUCCUUGGGGUCCCUUCCAACCCGGGUGAUUCUGUGAUUCUGUGAUUCUGUGAUAGGGACGUCUGGCCGUGCUGGGAGCUCUGGAAGAAGAGCUGUGGGGCUCCGACGGAGCCCCUGCCCCACAUAGGGACGCGCUUUGGGGUCCCAUGACCCCAUUUCUCCCAUUGCCCCACAUAGGAUUCUCCCAUUCCUCUUCACGUUGGGUUUCCCCAUUGCCCCACAUUGGAUUCUCCCAUUCCUCUUCACAUAGGGUUUCCCAUUGCCCCCCAUAGGGUUUCCCAUUGCCCCACAUUGGGUUCUCCCAUUGCCCCACAUGGGGUUCUCCCAUUCCUCUUCACAUAGGGUUUCCCAUUGCCCCCCAUAGGGUUUCCCAUUGCCCCACAUUGGGUUCUCCCAUUCCUCUUCAUGUUGGGUCCUCCCAUGGACCCAAAAUCGCGUCCCAUGACCCCAUUCCUCCCAUGGCUCCCCCUCCCUGCUCAGCCACUGACGGAACCUUCUCUUCUUUCUCUUUUUUUUUCCUCUCUCGUGCCGGGAUCCCGCUUGGAAAAGGGAAGGAUUGAGGAUGGCUCGGCUGCGCGCUGCGUCUUGGGCUCGGGUUCCCUGGAUGACUUCAUCCACGCGUCCUACGAGUUCUGCUAACCCAUCCGGACGCCCCGUCCCAUCCCGUCCCCAUCGGCCCUGGGCCCCAUGCCCGCCAUCCGGCCCCACGCGCUCAGCGGCUCCGCCGGCCGCCCCUGGGCUCCGAUGCAGCCCUACAAAGGGGGGCUGGGCUCCCUGGGGAGGUUGGGGGCAGCGAUGUGAGGCUCUCAGCCCCGCAAUGUGGGCAGGACUGCGGGUACAGACUGAGCCGCUUGCGCACGGAGCAUCGGGGCUCAGGAGGGCAGGAAUGCCGCCGUUUCCUUCCCAAUAUCACAGAAUCACAAGGUUGGAAACGACCUGCAAGAUCAGCCAGUCCAACCCCCCUCCCGUUGCUAUCAGUGCCACCAGCACUAAACCACAUCACGCAGCUCCUCAUCCAGGCGCCUCUUGAACACAACCAGGGAUGGCGACUCCACCACCUCCCUGUGCAGCCAUUGCAGGGCCUGGCCACCCUCUGAGAGAAGAAGUUUCUCCUAAUAUCCAACCUAAACCUCCUCUGCUACAACUUCUUGCCGUUUCCUCGGGUCCUACUGUUUGCCUAUGAGAAGAGGCCAGGCCCUUUUGCACCACAACCUGCCUUCAGGAGGUUGUACAGUGCAGUGAGCUCUGCCCUGAGCUCCUCUUCUCACCCUGAACAUUCCCAGCUCCUUCAGCCUCUCCUCACAGCCCUGUGCUCCAGACCCCUCACCAUUUCAUUGCCCUCCUUUGAACACGUUCCAGGGCCUCAAUGUCUUUCUUGCAGUGAGGGACCCAAAACUGAACACCGCACUCGAGGUGCGGCCUCACCAGUGCUGAGUACAGGGGAUGGAUGCUCACCUCCCUGCUCCUGCUGGCAGCACUGUUUCUGAUGCAGGCCAGGAUGCCGUUGGCCCUCUUGGCCACUUGGGCACACUGUGGGCUCCUGUUCAGCCGAGCAUCAACCAACACCCCAAGGUCCCUUUCCUCUUCACACUCAUCCAACCACUCAUCCCCAAGCCUGUAGUGGGGUUGUAAUGGGGCUGCCUGGGGUUGUUGUGGCCAAAGUGCAGAACCCGACACUUGGCCUUGUUAAACCUCAUCCCAUCCAUCUCAGCCCAGCGAUCCAGCUUACCUCGAUCCCUCUGCAGGGCCUCCCAACUUGGUGCCAUCUGCACACUUACUCAGGGUACAAUGAGGAAGGGUACAGGCUACAUUUCCUCCCCUCUUGGCAGCCCCACGCUCAGGAGCCCCCUUGGGGGUGGGCGCUGAGCCCCAUGGUGGGCAAUGAGGGGUGGAGGUGAUCGAGGCCAGCUCUGAGCUGCUCAUAACCACCGUCCCCUUUGCGACAGCUUUGGGGAGGAUGCAGUGGUGAUGGGGGGCAGCGGCUCCGCAUCUCUGUGCUGUGAGGGGGGUGGGGAGGAGGAUCCAUCCCUGAUCCGUGGGGCGGCAAUGAGGGGCUGCGUGGGGCGGCUGCAAUGGGGUGGAAUCUGAGCGCUGCGUUGCCACGUGUUGGGUUGUCCCAUGGCUCCUGGUGUUGGGUUUCCCAUUCCUUUCUGUGUCAGGUUGUCCCAUGGCUCCUUGUUUCCAUUCCUUUAUGUCAGGUUGUCCCAUGGCUCCUUGUUUCCAUUCUGUGUCAGGUUGUCCCAUGGCUCCUUGUUUCCAUUCCUUUGUGUCAGGUUGUCCCAUGGCUCCUUGUUUCCAUUCUGUUUCAGGUUGUCCCAUGGCUCCUUGUUUCCUUUCUGUGUCAGGUUGUCCCAUGGCUCCUUGUUUCCAUUCCUUUGUGUCAGGUUGUCCCAUGGCUCCUUGUUUCCAUUCCUUUAUGUCAGGUUGUCCCAUGGCUCCUUGUUUCCUUUCUGUGUCAGGUUGUCCCAUGGCUCCUUGUUUCCAUUCUGUGUCAGGUUGUCCCAUGGCUCCUUGUUUCCAUUCCUUUGUGUCAGGUUGUCCCAUGGCUCCUUGUUUCCAUUCCUUUAUGUCAGGUUGUCCCAUGGCUCCUUGUUUCCUUUCUGUGUCAGGUUGUCCCAUGGCUCCUUGUUUCCAUUCUGUGUCAGGUUGUCCCAUGGCUCCUUGUUUCCAUUCCUUUCUGUGUCAGGUUGUCCCAUGGCUCCUUGUUUCCAUUCCUUUCUGUGUCAGGUUGUCCCAUGGCUCCUUGUUUCCAUUCCUUUCUGUGUCAGGUUGUCCCAUGGCUCCUUGUUUCCAUUCCUUUGUGUCAGGUUGUCCCAUGGCUCCUUGUUUCCAUUCCUUUCUGUGUCAGGUUGUCCCAUGGCUCCUUGUUUCCAUUCCUUUCUGUGUCAGGUUGUCCCAUGGCUCCUUGUUUCCAUUCCUUUAUGUCAGGUUGUCCCAUGGCUCCUUGUUUCCAUUCCUUUGUGUCAGGUUGUCCCAUGGCUCCUUGUUUCCAUUCCUUUAUGUCAGGUUGUCCCAUGGCUCCUUGUUUCCAUUCCUUUCUGUGUCAGGUUGUCCCAUGGCUCCUUGUUUCCAUUCCUUUCUGUGUCAGGUUGUCCCAUGGCUCCUUGUUUCCAUUCCAUUCUGUGUCAGGUUGUCCCAUGGCUCCUUGUUUCCAUUCUGUGUCAGGUUGUCCCAUGGCUCCUUGUUUCCAUUCUGUGUCAGGUUGUCCCAUGGCUCCUUGUUUCCAUUCCUUUGUGUCAGGUUGUCCCAUGGCUCCUUGUUUCCAUUCCUUUCUGUGUCAGGUUGUCCCAUGGCUCCUUGUUUCCAUUCCUUUGUGUCAGGUUGUCCCAUGGCUCCUUGUUUCCAUUCCUUUAUGUCAGGUUGUCCCAUGGCUCCUUGUUUCCAUUCUGUGUCAGGUUGUCCCAUGGCUCCUUGUUUCCAUUCCUUUCUGUGUCAGGUUGUCCCAUGGCUCCUUGUUUCCAUUCCAUUCUGUUGCAGAGCUGCAGUGCAUGCAGGGCUCAGCCCCGUUGCUGCUGCCAUGCAGCUGAGCCGCAGCCCCUCUCCCUGCAGAAGCUGCUGGAGGAAUGCGAGCAGCAGAAGGAGAAGGUGGAGGAGUGCCAGCGCUACGCCAAGCAGUACAUCGACGCCAUCAAGGACUACGAGCUGCAGCUCAUCACCUUCACGGCGCAGCUGGAGCCGCAGGCGUCGCCUGCCAAGAAGGCCAAAGUGCAGUCGGCAUCAGACAGCGUCAUCCAGGAGUACGUGGAGCUGCGCACGCGGUACAGCGAGCUGACGACCCUCAGCAGUCAGUACAUCAAGUUCAUCACGGAGACGCUGCGCCGCAUGGAGCAUGAGGAGAAAGCGGCCGAGAAGCUGAAGGAGGAGGAGCGGCGGCGGCUGGCGGAGGUGGAGGCGCAGCUGGAGGCGCAGCGGCAGCGGGCCGAGGCGCACGCGCAGGCCAAGGCGCAGGCGGAGGCGGAGGCGCGGGAGCUGCAGCGGCGCAUGCAGGAGGAGGCGACGCGGCGCGAGGCGGUGGCGGCGGACGCGGAGCAGCAGAAGCAGAACAUCGAGCAGGAGCUGCGGGAGCUGCGGCGCAGCUCGGAGCGGCAGAUCGAGAGCAAGGCCAAGCUGGUGGAGGAGGCGGAGCAGAGCCGCGUGCGCGUGGAGGAGGAGAUCCGGCUGAUCCGCCUGCAGCUGGACGGCACCGAGCGGCAGCGCGCGGGCGCCGAGGCCGAGCUGGCGGAGCUGCGGGCGCGCGCCGAGGAGGCGGAGCGGCAGAAGCGCGCGGCGCAGGAGGAGGCGGAGCGGCUGCGGCGGCAGGUGAAGGACGAGAGCCAGAAGAAGCGGCAGGCCGAGGAGGAGCUGCGGCAAAAGGUGGAGGCGGAGCGCGAGGCGGCGCGGGAGAAGCAGGCGGCCAUGGCCGACCUGGAGGCGCUGCGGCUGCGGGCCGAGGAGGCGGAGCGGCGGCGGCGGAAGGCGGAGGAGGAGAAGGAGCGGCAGAUCCGCGUGGCGGAGGAGGCGGCGCAGCGCAGCGCCGAGGCCGAGCUGCAGAGCAAGCGGCUGUCGCUGGCCGAGAAGGCGGAGCGGCUGGAGCAGUCGCUGCGCGAGGAGCACACGGCCGUGGAGCAGCUGCAGGAGGAGGCGGAGCGGCGGCGGCGGCUGCAGGCGGAGGCGGAGGCGGCGCGCGAGGAGGCGGAGCGGGAGGCGGAGCGCUGGCGCCUGAAGGCCAACGAGGCGCUGCGGCUGCGGCUGCAGGCGGAGGAGGUGGCGCAGCAGAAGGCGCUGGCGCAGGAGGAGGCCGAGAGGCAGAAGGAGGACGCGGAGCGCGAGGCCCGCAAGCGCGCCAACGCCGAGCGCGCGGCGCUGCGGCAGAAGGAGGCGGCCGAGGAGGAGCUGGAGAAGCAGCGCGCCCUGGCCGAGGGCACGGCGCAGCAGCGGCUGGCGGCCGAGCAGGAGCUGAUCCGGCUGAAGGCGCAGCUGGAGAACGGCGAGCAGCAGCGGCUGCUGCUGGAGGAGGAGCUGUGCCGGCUGAAGGACGCGGCCGGCGAGGCGGCGCGGCGGCGCGCGGAGCUGGAGGAGGAGCUGGCCAAGCUGCGCGCCGAGGUGGAGGUGCUGCUGGAGAGCAAGGCGCGCGCCGAGGAGGAGUCGCGCAGCUGCAGCGAGAAGUCCAAGCAGCGGCUGGAGGCGGAGGCGGAGCGGCUGCGCGAGCUGGCCGAGGAGGCGGCGCGGCUGCGGGCGCAGUCGGAGGAGGCGAAGCGGCAGCGGCUGCUGGCCGAGGAGGAGGCGGCGCGGCAGCGCGGCGAGGCGGAGCGCAUCCUGAAGGAGAAGCUGUCGGCCGUGGCCGAGGCGUCGCGGCUGAAGGCGGAGGCCGAGAUGGCGCUGACCGAGAAGGAGGCGGAGAACGAGCGGCUGCGGCGGCUGGCCGAGGACGAGGCGUUCCAGCGGCGGCUGCUGGAGGAGCAGGCGGCGCAGCACAAGCAGGACGUGGAGGAGCGCAUCGCGCAGCUGAAGCGCUCGUCCGAGAGCGAGCUGGAGCGGCAGCGCGCGCUGCUGGAGGACACGCUGCGCCAGCGGCGCCAGGUGGAGGAGGAGAUCCUGGCCCUGAAGGGCGGCUUCGAGCGCGCCGCCGCCGGCAAGGCCGAGCUGGAGCGCGAGCUGGGCCGCAUCCGCGCCGAGGCCGAGGAGGCGCAGCGCAGCCGGGAGCGCGCCGAGCGCGAGGCCGAGCGGCAGCGGGCGGCGGCGGCCGAGGAGGAGGGCCGGCGGCGCGAGGCCGAGGAGCGGGCGCUGGCCAUGGCGGCGGCCGAGGAGGAGGCGGCGCGGCAGCGGCGGGCGGCGCUGGAGGAGGUGGAGCGGCUGAAGGCGACGGUGGAGGAGGCGCGGCGGCAGAAGGAGGCGGCGGAGCGCGAGGCCGAGCGGCAGGUGCAGCUGGCGCGGGAGGCGGCGCAGAAGCGCGUGGCGGCCGAGGAGAAGGCGCGGCUGGCGGCCGUGCGCGAGAAGGAGCGCGAGCUGCAGGAGAUGCAGCGGCAGGAGCAGAGCGCGCUGGAGCGGCUGCGGCUGGAGGCGGAGGGCGCGCGGCGGGCGGCCGAGGAGGCGGAGGCGGCGCGCGGCGGGGCCGAGGAGGACGCGCGGCUGUCGCGGCAGCGCGUGGAGGAGGCGGAGCGGCAGAAGCGGCGCGCCGAGGAGGAGGCGCAGGCGCAGGCGCGGGCGCAGGCGGAGGCGGAGGCGCUGCGGGUGGAGGCGGAGCGGGAGGCGGAGCGGCGGGCGCAGGCGGAGCGGGCGGCGCUGCGGCAGAAGGAGCUGGCGGACGCCGAGAUGGAGAAGCACAAGCGGUUCGCGGAGCAGACGCUGCGGCAGAAGGCGCAGGUGGAGCAGGAGCUGGGCCGGCUGCGGCUGCGGCUGGACGAGAGCGCGCAGCAGAAGGGCGUGCUGGACGAGGAGCUGCGGCGGCUCAAGGAGGAGGCGGCCGAGGCGGCGCGGCAGCGGGCGCGGGCGGAGGAGGAGCUGCUGCGGCUGCGGGUGCAGCUGGAGGAGCUGGCGCGGCUGAAGGGGCUGGCGGAGGAGGAGAACAAGGCGCUGGCGCUGCGCGGCGAGGAGGAGGCGCGCAAGGCGCUGGCCGAGGAGGCGGAGCGGCUGCGGCUCGUGGCCGAGGAGGCGGCGCGGCUCGGCGUGGAGGCGCAGGAGGCGGCGCGGCUGCGGCAGCUGGCCGAGGACGACCUGGCGCAGCAGCGCGCGCUGGCCGAGCGCGUCCUGCGGGAGAAGAUGCAGGCGGUGCAGGAGGCGGCGCGGCUGCGGGCCGAGGCCGAGGCGCUGCAGAAGCAGAAGGAGCUGGCGCAGGAGCACGCCAAGCGGCUGCAGGAGGACCGCGAGGAGAUGCGGCGGCGCCUGGCCGAGGAGACCGAGGGCUUCCAGAAGACGCUGGAGGCCGAGCGGCGGCGGCAGCUGGACGCGGCGGCCGAGGCCGAGCGGCUGAAGCUGCGCGUGGCCGAGCUGAGCGCGGCGCAGAGCGCGGCCGAGGAGGAGGCGCGGCGCUUCCGGCGCCAGGCCGAGGAGAUCGGCGGGCGGCUGCACGACACCGAGCUGGCCACGCAGGAGAAGCUGGCGCAGGUGCAGGCGCUGGAGACGCGGCGGCAGCAGAGCGACCGCGACGCCGAGAAGCUGCGCGGCGCCAUCGCCGACCUGGAGCGCGAGAAGGAGGGGCUGAAGCGCGAGGCGGAGCUGCUGCAGCGGCGGGCCGAGGAGAUGGAAGUGGCCCAGCAGGCGCAGCUCCGCCAGGAGGCGCAGUCGCUGCAGGAAUCCUUCCUGCUCGAGAAGGACGCCCUGCUGCAGAAGGAGAAAUUCAUCGAGGAGGAGAAGGCGAAGCUGGAGAAGCUGUUCCAGGACGAAGUGGACAAAGCGCAGAGCCUGAAGGCCGAGCAGGAGCGGCAGCAGCAGGAGAUGGAGCAGGAGAAGCAGCAGCUGAAGGCCAUGCUGGACGAAGCCAAGCGGCAGCAGGAGGAGGCGGAGGAGAGCGUCCGCCGCAAGCAGGAGGAGCUGCAGCAGCUGCAGAAGCAGCGGCAGAAGCAGGAGCGGCUGCUGGAGGAGGAGAACCGGAAGCUGCUGGAGCGGCUGCAGCAGCUGCAGGAGGAGCAGCGGAGCGCGGCGGCGCCCACGCGGGAGAUGAUGAUCCAAACGGACGCGGCGCCGCAGCAGCCGCCGCAGCCGCACGCGGUGCCCAACGGCCGCCACGCGCUGGACGGCCCGGAGCAGAACGGAGAGCCCGAAUUCGCCUUCCAGGGCAUCCGGCACAAAGUGUCGGCGCAGCAGCUGGCGGCCGCCGGCGUCCUGAGCGGCCACAGCCUGGGCCAGCUGGCCGAGGGGAAGGUGAGCGUGGAGGAGCUGGCGCGGCGCGACGACGUGCGGACGUUCCUGCAGGGCCGCAGCUGCAUCGCCGGUUUGCUGCUGGAGCCCGGGAGGCAGAAGAUGAGCAUCUACGAGGCCAUGAAGAAGCGGCUGCUCAGCCCCGGCACCGCCUUGGUGCUGCUGGAGGCGCAGGCGGCCACCGGCUUCAUGCUGGACCCCGUGCGCAACGCCAGGCUGUCGGUGAACGAAGCGGUGCGGGACGGGCUGGUGGGACCCGAGCUGCACAACAAGCUGCUGUCGGCCGAGCGCGCCGUCACCGGCUACAAGGACCCCUACACCGGGGACAAGAUCUCGCUCUUCGAGGCCAUGCAGAAGGAGCUGAUCGUCAGGGAGCACGGCGUGCGCCUGCUGGAGGCCCAGAUCGCCACCGGCGGCAUCAUCGACCCGGUGCACAGCCACCGCCUGCCCGUGGAGGCGGCCUACAAGCGCGGGCUGUUUGACGAGGAGAUGAACCGCGUCCUGUCCGACCCCAGCGACGACACCAAGGGCUUCCUGGACCCCAACACGCAGGAGAACCUCACCUACCUGCAGCUGAUGGAGCGCUGCGUCGCCGACCCGGACACGGGGCUGCUCCUGCUGCCGCUCAGCACAGGCGGGCGCGGAGCGUACAGCGACCGCGAGGCCAAGGACGUCUUGCAGAAGGCCACGGUGAGCGCCCCGUUCGGCAAGUUCCAAGGCAAGACGGUGAGCAUCUGGGAGAUCAUCAACUCGGAGUACUUCACUGAGGACCAGAGGAGGGAGCUGAUCCAGCAGUACCGCAGCGGCAAGGUGACGGUGGAGAAGAUCAUCCGCAUCGUCAUCACCGUGGUGGAGGAGGCCGAGAAGAAGAGGCAGCUGCUGUUCGAGGGGCUGCGCGCCCCGGUGCCGGCCGCCGAGCUGCUGGAGAGCCGCAUCAUCGACAAGGACACGUACAACCGGCUUCGGCAGGGCAAGGCCAGCGUGGCCGACGUGGCUGGGAGCGACGGCGUGCGGCGCUACCUGAGGGGCACCGACGCCAUCGCCGGCGUCCUGGUGGAGUCCAGCGGGGAGACGCUGAGCUUCUACGAAGCCCAGAGGAGGAACCUGCUGAAGCCGGAGGUGGCCCUGGCUCUGCUGGAGGCGCAGGCGGCCGCCGGCUUCAUCGUGGAGCCGAGCGGCGGGCGGCUGUACACCGUGGACGAGGCGGUGAAGGCCGAGGUGGUCGGGCCGGAGGUCCACGAGCGGCUGCUGUCGGCGGAGAAGGCGGUGAGCGGCUACAAGGACCCCUACACCGGGCAGACCGUCGCCCUGUUCCAGGCGCUGAAGAAGGGCCUGGUCCCCACCGACGCCGGCGUGCGGCUGCUGGACGUGCAGCUCUGCACCGGCGGCAUCGUCGACCCGGCGCACAGCCACCGCCUGCCGCUCGACGUCGCCUACCGGCGCGGCUGCUUGGACGCCGAGAUGAAGGAGGCUCUGGAGGAGCUGCGGGGCUUCUACUGCCCCGGCAGCCGGCAGAACGUCAGCUACGCGCAGCUGCAGCAGAGCUGCCGCCGGGACGAGCGCACGGGGUUCCUCCUGCUGCCGCUGUCGGACGCCGCCAUCCAGGCGCAGCAGGAGGAGAUCUACACGGACGCUGAGGCCGAGGAGAGCUUCGGCAAAGCCACGGUGGAGGUGCCGGCCGGCAGCCUGCGCGGCCGCACGGUGAGCGUGUGGGAGCUGAUCCACUCGGAGUACUUGAGCGAGGAGCAGCGGCGGGAGCUGCUGCGGCAGUACAAGACGGGCAGGGUGACGGUGGAGAAGGUCAUCAAGAUCGUCAUCACCAUCAUCGAGGAGACGGAGAGCAGGAAGCAGGAGAAGCUGAGCUUCACGGGGCUGCGGGCGCCGGUGCCGGCCAGCGAGCUGCUGGAGGCGCGCAUCCUCAGCGCGGCGCAGUACCAGCAGCUGCAGGACGGCCGCGCGACGGUGAAGGAGCUGGCCGAGACGGAGGCGGUCAGGCGCUUCCUGCACGGCGGCGACUGCAUCGCCGGCGUCUACGUGGAGGCCACCAAGGAGAAGCUGAACAUCUACGAGGCCAUGAGGAGGAACCUGCUGCGCGCCAGCACCGCCGUGGUGCUGCUGGAGGCGCAGGCGGCCACCGGCUUCCUGAUCGACGCGGUGAGGAACCGCAAGCUGUACGUCAACGAGGCGGUGAAGGCCGGCGUGGUGGGACCCGAGCUGCACGAGAAGCUGCUGUCGGCCGAGAAGGCCGUCACCGGCUACAAGGACCCCUACUCGGGGAACACCAUCUCGCUCUUCGAGGCCAUGCAGAAGGGGCUGAUCGUCAGGGAGCACGGCGUGCGCCUGCUGGAGGCCCAGAUCGCCACCGGCGGCAUCAUCGACCCGGUGCACAGCCACCGCAUCCCCGUGGAGGUGGCCUACGAGCGCGGGUACUUCAAUGAGGAGAUGAACCGCGUCCUGUCCGACCCCAGCGACGACACCAAGGGCUUCUUCGACCCCAACACGCACGAGAACCUCACCUACCUGCAGCUGAAGGAGCGCUGCGUCGAGGACCCCGAGACGGGGCUGCUCCUGCUGCCGCUGCGGGAGCCCGAGAAGCCGACGGUGGUGGAGACGACGCGGGUGUACACGGAGGAGGAGACGCGGAAGGUGUUCGAGGAGACGCGGGUGGACAUCCCGGCGGGCAGCCGGGCCGGCUCCUCCAUGACGCUGUGGGAGAUCAUGCAGUCGGAUCUGCUGCCCGACGAGCAGCGGCGGCGGCUGAUGGAGGACUUCCAGGCGGGCCGCGUCUCCAAGGAGCGCAUGAUCAUCAUCAUCAUCGAGAUCAUCGAGCGCACCGAGAUCAUCCGGCAGCAGAACCUGGCGUCCUUCGACUACGGCCGGCGCCACGUCACGGCCGAGGAGCUCUUUGAGGCCAAGGUGAUCUCGCAGGACGUCUACCGGCUGCUCAAGGACGGCUCCAGGACCUUCCGCCAGCUGCUGGAGGACGAGGCCGUCCGCAGGUGCCUCUACGGCUCGGGCUGCGUCGCCGGCAUCUACGUGCCCUCCUCCAAGCAGACGCUGAGCGUCUACCAGGCGCUCAAGAAGGGGCUGAUCGGCGCCGAGGCGGCCCGCUGCCUGCUGGAGGCCCAGGCGGCCACCGGCUUCGUGCUGGACCCCGUCCACAACGAGAUGCUGUCGGUGGACGAGGCCGUGCGCAGAGGCGUGGUGGGGCCCGAGAUGCACGACCGCCUGCUGUCGGCCGAGAGGGCCGUCACCGGGUACCGGGACCCCUACAGCGAGCAGAAGAUCUCCAUCUUCCAGGCCAUGAAGAAGGACCUGGUGCCGAGCGAGGAGGCCCUCAAGCUCCUGGACGCCCAGCUGGCCACCGGCGGCGUCAUCGACCCGCACCUGGGCUUCCACCUGCCCCUGGAGGUGGCCUGCCACCGCGGCUUCAUCAACAGGGAGACGUACGACGCGCUGUGCGAGCCCAGCGAGGUGCGCAGCUUCGUGGACCCGUGCACCGACGAGAAGCUGAGCUACACGCAGCUGCAGCGGCGCUGCCGCAAGGACGAGGGCAGCGGGCUGCUGCUGCUGCCGCUGGGCGACGCGCGCCAGCUCACCUUCCGCGGGCUGCGCAAGCAGAUCACCGUGGAGGAGCUGGUCCUGUCGCAGGUGAUGGACGAGGCCACGGCGCAGCGGCUGCACGAGGGGCUGACGUCCGUCGAGGAGGUCUCCAAGAACCUGAAGGCGUUCCUGGAGGGCACCAGCUGCAUCGCCGGCGUCUUCGUGGACUCCACCAAGGAGCGGCUCUCCGUCUACCAGGCCAUGAAGAAGGGCAUCAUCCGGCCCGGCACCGCCUUCGAGCUCCUGGAGGCGCAGGCGGCCACCGGCUACGUCAUCGACCCCAUCAAGGGCCUGAAGCUGACGGUGGAGGAGGCCGUGCGCAUGGGCAUCGUGGGGCCCGAGUUCAAGGACAAGCUGCUGUCGGCCGAGCGCGCCGUCACCGGCUACAAGGACCCCUACACCGGGAAGCUCAUCUCCCUCUUCCAGGCCAUGAAGAAGGGGCUGAUCCUGAGGGACCACGGCGUGCGCCUGCUGGAGGCCCAGAUCGCCACCGGCGGCAUCAUCGACCCCGAGGAGAGCCACCGCCUGCCCGUCGAGGUGGCCUACAAGCGCGGGCUGUUCGACGAGGAGAUGAACGAGGUGCUGUCCGACCCCAGCGACGACACCAAGGGCUUCUUCGACCCCAACACGGAGGAGAACCUCACCUACCUGCAGCUGAUGGAGCGCUGCGUCACCGACCCCGAGACGGGGCUGCGCCUGCUGCCGCUGAAGGAGAAGAAGCGCGAGAGGAAGACGUCGUCCAAGUCGUCGGUGCGCAAGCGGCGCGUGGUCAUCGUGGACCCGGAGACGGGCAAGGAGAUGUCGGUGUACGAGGCGUACCGCAAGGGCCUCAUCGACCACCAGACCUACCUGGAGCUGUCGGAGCAGGAGUGCGAGUGGGAGGAGAUCACCACCUCGUCCUCGGACGGCGUGGUCAAGUCCAUGAUCAUCGACCGGCGCUCGGGCCGCCAGUACGACAUCGACGACGCCAUCUCCCGCGGCCUCAUCGACCAGUCGGCGCUGGACCAGUACCGCUCCGGCACGCUCUCCAUCACCGAGUUCGCCGACAUGCUCUCCGGCAACAUGGGUGGCUUCCGCUCGCGCUCGUCCUCCGUCGGCUCCUCGUCGUCCUCCUACUCGGCCAGCCCGGCCCCGCCGAGGCUGCCGGGCGCCGCGUGGACCGACCCCAGCGAGGAGACGGGGCCGGUGGCCGGCAUCCUGGACACCGACACGCUGGAGAAGGUGUCCAUCACCGAGGCCAUGCGCCGCAACCUGGUGGACAACAUCACGGGCCAGCGGCUGCUGGAGGCGCAGGCCUGCACCGGCGGCAUCAUCGACCCCGGCACGGGCGAGCGCUGCUCGGUGGCCGACGCCGUGAGCAGGGGGCUGGUGGACCGCAUCAUGGUGGACCGCAUCAACCUGGCGCAGAAGGCCUUCUCCGGCUUCGAGGACCCGCGCACCAAGACCAAGAUGUCGGCGGCGCAGGCGCUGAAGAAGGGCUGGCUGUACUACGAGGCCGGGCAGCGCUUCCUGGAGGUGCAGUACCUGACCGGGGGGCUCAUCGAGCCCGACGCCGCCGGCCGCGUCUCCCUGGACGAGGCGCUGCAGAAGGGCACCAUCGACGCGCGCACGGCGCAGAAGCUGCGCGACGUCGCCACCUACUCCAAGUACCUCACGUGCCCCAAGACCAAGCUGAAGAUCUCCUACAAGGACGCCAUGGAGCGCAGCAUGAUCGAGGACGGCACCGGCCUGCGGCUGCUCGAGGCCUCGUCCCGCUCCUCCAAGGGCUACUACAGCCCCUACAACGUCAGCGGCGCCGGCUCCGCCGCCGGCUCGCGCUCCAGCUCCCGCACCGGAUCGCGCUCGGGUUCGCGGCGCGGCAGCUUCGACGCCACCGGCUCCGGCUUCUCCAUGACCUUCUCGUCUUCCUCCUACUCGUCCUCCAGCUUCGGGCGCAGAUACGCCGCGGUGCCGCACGGUGCCGCGGAGGCGGCCGCGCUGGCGCUGGCCCUGGGGCGGGCGGCGGUGCUGAGCGCGGCGUGACGCCGCCGUGCCACCAUGCUGCCUUGCCGUGCCGCCGGCCCGCCGCCGGCCCGCUUCCCCCUUUGCCCUUUCGAAACUCGAUAGCCUUCUUCCAAAGCAGUGCCUAAAAAAGUUUAACCAAAAAGAAAGAAAGACUCCACUAAUAUAUUAAUAAACGCCAUCGCUCC